UGGAUCAGACUAGUGUCACCUAGAUUAACACAAAAUCUUUGUGUUAAUCAAAUCUUUGGCUUCUUCAUCUCUUUUCCUUUGAAUGUACUCAUUCCACUUAAACCUAUCACCAAAUCCCUCAACAAUCCCACUGGUUCUGACUAUUACACUUCACCUUCCAAUUCUUCAACCCCAUUAAUAUUUCAUUCAGCAUCAUUUGACAAAAAUAGAAUCUUGAUUAUCUAUCUCUUAAUAUUUCUCUAUAUUAUCUAUCUCUUAACCCUUUUAGUUUCUUGAUAUUCCACUUAGCAUUAUUAGCAAAAAAAAAUCCAAUCUUGAUUUGUUCUAGAAAUUGGAUUGUUCUUAAUAUUUCUCUAUAUUAUCUAUCUUCUAACCCUUUUAGUUUCUUGAUAUUACACUUAGCAUUAUUAGCAAAAAAACCCAAUCUUGAUUGGUUCUAGAAAUUGGGUUGUUAUUAGUAUUUCUCUAUACCAAUAUCAUUUCUUGAUAUUUCACUUAGUAUUAUUAGAAAAAAAAUCCAAUCUUGAUUGGUUCUAGAAAUUGGGGUUGUUAUUAAGAUCCAAAAAAUAGAAUAUAUCAUAUGGUGGAGACUGUAACAUCAUCAUUUUGGUGGCGUUGGGCUCAACCCCACCACCCCCAUAGAUGUAUUCCAGCAAUUUUUACAACCCACAAAGCUAUAAUCACUUCACUAUGGAUCACUUUAUUAAUAACCAUUUUUUGGUGGCAAAUGGAUGCUACUACUGGAAUCUUGAUUUUUCGGCGAGUUUUUCCGGUUAGGGAGUUGCCUAAGUUCAGGCCAGUGGCAUUUAACUUGACAGACUUUGGUGGUGUUGGUGACGGUGUUACUGUUAAUACAAAGGCAUUUGAGAGGGCUAUAUUGGAAAUUAGCAAACUUGGGAAGAAAGGUGGAGGGCAGCUUAAUGUGCCACCUGGUUAUUGGUUAACGGCGCCGUUUAAUCUUACUAGUCAUAUGACUCUUUUCCUUGCUGAGGGUGCUGUUAUAUUGGGUGUUGAUGAUGAGAAGUACUGGCCUCUCAUGCCUCCCUUACCUUCAUAUGGAUAUGGAAGAGAGCAUCGUGGACCCCGCUAUGGAAGUUUAAUCCAUGGCCAAAAACUCAAAGAUGUGAUAAUUACAGGGCAUAAUGGUACCAUUAAUGGGCAGGGUCAAGCAUGGUGGAAGAAAUUCCGGUCGAAGCUUCUUAACCAUACGAGAGGACCGCUCGUGCAGAUCAUGUGGUCUACUGACAUACUAAUCUCAAAUAUAACUUUACAAGACUCUCCCUUUUGGACACUCCAUCCGUACGACUGCAAGAAUGUAACAAUCAGGAAUGUUACAAUCCUGGCACCCAUUGCUGGGGCUCCAAAUACUGAUGGCAUUGAUCCAGAUUCCUGUGAAGAUGUGUUGAUAGAGAACUGUUACAUCAGCGUUGGUGAUGAUGGCAUCGCAAUAAAGAGUGGAUGGGAUCAGUAUGGAAUUGCUUAUGGACGACCUUCGAAGAAUAUACUCAUUCGGAACCUUGUCAUUCGUUCCAAUGUCAGCGCUGGUGUAUCGAUAGGAAGUGAGAUGUCCGGCGGAGUAUCAAAUGUUACUGUGGAAAACCUCUUUAUCUGGAACUCAAGACGUGCUGUACGCAUCAAAACAGCGCCUGGAAGAGGAGGAUACGUUCGAGAUAUAACAUACAGGAACUUGACGUUCGAAAAUGUUAGGGUUGGCAUCGUCAUCAAAACAGAUUACAAUGAACAUGCGGAUGAGAAAUUUGACCCCAAAGCCGUCCCUGUACUGGAGAACAUAAGCUACACAACAAUCCACGGUGAGGGAGUCCGCGUGCCUGUUCAAAUUCAUGGUAGUAAAGAAAUUCCCGUGAAGAACGUUACUUUCAGAGAUAUGUCGGUUGGGUUAACGUACAAGAAGAAGCAUAUAUUCCAGUGUGCUUUCGUUCAAGGUCGUGUUAUAGGGACUAUCUUCCCCGCCCCUUGUAAGAAUCUCGAUUUAUAUGACGAGCAAGGACAUCUGAUCAGACGAUCGGAUGCACAAAACGCGACAGAUAUAGAUUAUGACAUUUGAAAUUCAUUUUCCAGGGCCAUCUUUUCUUUUUAUAAACACACUUUGUUGAUCUCUGCAUUAAUGCAUACAGAAGGAAGUUCUUUAAUGUGUUAAUCCACAAAUCCAAUGUAAAGAUCAA